GAACGACAUGAGCGCAGCGUCUUGCUGUAUUCGUGCGAAGACUCCCGCAACGACCGGAGUUGUGCAAGUGCCCACGACCAAGGGCCUUAAUCCGGCCCGCUUAGCUCAUGCGGUCCGCCAUGGUGCUCCACAGAAUGUCCACGCUGUCGCUGCUUGCUUCUGUCUUUUUCGCUGCGAGCAUUUCGGUGAUAAAGGCUGCUGGGAGUCCGGUAAAAGAUGGUAAGCAGCUCACAACAGAAGUGGCUAAUCCAGCGCUCGUCUCACCCGGCGGAUUGGUCGCUAACGUUACUGGAGAGUCACCCAAGGUGGUGUGUUAUUUUAGCGCAUGGGCAUUGUAUCGACCAUUUCCAAUGAAUUAUGAUAUCGAUGAUAUACCUGGCGAAAGGUGCACCCAUCUUGUAUAUGCUUUUGUUGGGCUGAGCAAUCAAACCUGGGAACUAUUCUCGAUCGAUCCUGAGUUUGAUUUCAACAAAGGAGGUUAUCGGCGCUUUACGGCACUGCGUAAAAAGUUCCCUCACAUCAAAACCUUACUUGCUGUUGGCGGGUGGGCCGAAGGCGGAAAGAAAUAUUCAGAGAUGGUCGCUGUGCAAUCUCGUCGACAUACAUUUAUCAAUUCCGUCAUCCAGUGGGUGCAAACCUAUGGUUUCGAUGGUUUUGACCUAGAUUGGGAGUAUCCUGGCGCCUUUGAUCGUGGAGGUACCUUUAAGGAUAAGGAGAACUUCCUCGAUCUCGUUCGUGAGAUGAAAUCAGUAUUUAACACGUAUCGGCUUAUUCUUUCCGCUGCUGUCCCGGUAGCCAAAUUCCGUGUGCAGGAAGGCUAUGAGAUUGAGGAACUCGGUAGGUUACUUGAUUUCAUCAAUGUCAUGACGUAUGACCUCCGUGGGAACUGGGCCGGCUUUUCUGACGUGCAUUCACCACUCUAUAAACGGCCGUUUGAUGAAUGGGCCUACGAAAAGCUCAAUGUGCACGAUGGACUUCAACUAUGGGUUGAUGGUGGAGCGCCGAAGCAUAAACUCAUUGUCGGCAUUCCGUUCUAUGGUCGCACGUUUACCUUGCAAAACGCUGAAAAUCGAGGUCUGAAGGCGUACAUCAAUAAGGAGAAAAACGGAGGUCUUCCAGGAACCUAUACCAAUGCCACCGGCUUCCUUGCGUACUACGAGGUUUGUUCGAUGCUGAAACCCGGCGGAGGGUGGAUUAGAAAGUUUGAUCAAAUCGGCAAGGUCCCUUAUGCCUACAAGGAUGAUCAAUGGGUAGGUUAUGAAGACGCGGAAUCAGUCGCUAUCAAAAUGGACUAUCUUCGUGAGAAUGGCUACGGAGGCGCAAUGGUUUGGGCAGUCGAUAUGGAUGACUUCAGAGGUAGUUGUGGUGAGAAAAAUCCCUUGCUAACGACAAUCGAUACAAAGCUCAAGGACUAUAAAGUGCCGGUCAUUAAGAAAAGCAUUGCUAAACGACCUAAGCCUGUCCUUAACAAUCACUCAAAACCCCAACGCCGGAACCAAGGAACACCCUCACCUAACAAGAAGGCAUCUACCACCCCACGAACAAGAUUUCCCCCACAGACUAAAACAACAAAGGCGACAAUGAAACCGAAAACUACCACCAUAAAGCCGACUACCAAACAGAAAUCUACGACGGCAACUCUUCUGAAGACUUACGGAGACCCCGGCCGAAAAUACCCGAACGACUGCAACGAACCUAAUAUUUCCUAUAUUCCUCAUGAGAAGGACUGUCAGAAGUACUAUUGGUGCGCAUAUGGGGUGCCUAUUGUUAUGUUCUGUGAGGGUGAGACUAUUUGGAAUCAGGAAGAUGGUAACUGCAAGCCGCCCGAACAGGUAGAACGUCCCGAAUGCAAAGGAGACAAUCCUGUGUCAAAUCCUUUCACAAGGAGAAAGCGCGGAAACGCUCACAACUAGGUCUUCUUUCUCAUCUCAAGAACAAGUACCACACGAGAUCUAAUAAUAGCGGCUACCCAUGCCCCCGCCUUUUUGCCUCUUUUUCAUUGGUUGUCUGGUUGACGCCUGACAUCACUACUUACGAGGCGCCUCUACUCUGACACCUAUCUAUAUUCCCUUUGCUUGCGGGGCUUCUCCUUUUCCACUGUAUAAAUCUGUUCCUCUUGAGCUCGUUGAGCCCGAGUUAGAGAGGCGCAUAUGGAGAAUUAUUGCGCUCAACUGUGAAUGAUGAAAAUGAGAAACGGAAGUUUUAACUUAUAUGUUAAUAAUAUUGCUGAAUGAAACGAAAUAAACAAUGAUGAUGAUGAUGAUGAUGAUGAUGA